AUGCACGCCACCCCACCACGCCCAGCGCCCGCGCCUUCCUCCCCUACCACUUGCCAAUGGAAGCGGGGACGACCGUUCACCGCAAGCAGCACGCGCAUUCGAGAUAUGCACCACAACUCUGGCCCGACCACGCAUUCUUCUCCUCCUCUUAAACAACCUACUACGAGCAAUGGAGCGACCACAACCGAAAACAAGCCCUCUCCGCUACAAGCGUUCGCUGCGCCAUCUCGAGUGGGAUUGUGGGACCCGUCAUACGGGUUACGCUUUGCGACCACAUCACAAGCAGAGACACGGCAGUCCGCUCCCGUUCCUCCAAGCACGAAACCUUUACCCAAAACCGAAGCCAGGUCAUCAGAGUCGCCUAGUACCAAAGACGAUUCGACACACAGUGGUAGUGACUUGGGGCAAGAUACACAGUAUAGUACAGAAGAUGGCGCCUGUCCAGCGGGAAGCCAGUCGUCAUAUCGCGUUGAGUCUACAGAAGAACUAGAUUCCACAGACACGUACGAAGUUUCUUCGCAAGACGAGUCCGAGCCCGAUGUCAGCGAAGAAGAGGAGUCAGAUGCCAGUGAGGAUCUUGCCUACCAGAUCCCAGAAGACACGCUACGUGCCGCAAUGCUCGCUUCGCCUAAAACACGUGCAAGUUACUGGAGUGCGAAGCUGUAUCAAAGCCCAGACGGCGAGUCGCUUUCAAUCCAUUAUUGUAAAUCUUUCGAUGUCGCUGAGAGAGUUGCCCAGUACUUUUUGAAAGAGAAGGUUGUAGGCUUCGACAUCGAGUGGAAACCUUAUGGAAAUCCGCAUGCGAUCAAACAAAACGCUUCAUUGAUCCAACUUGCAUGCGAGGAUAGGAUCGCACUGUUUCAUAUUUCUCUGUUUUCUGGGUACAAGGUCGAACAGCUCAUGCCACCUAGUUUGAAAGCCGUCUUGGAGUCACUAGAUGUCAUCAAAGUAGGGGUGGCUAUCAAGGGCGAUUUCAAACGUGUGGAAAAGUACCUUGGAGUUCGGCCACAGGGUGUCUUUGAGCUGAGUCGCUUACACAACCUUGUUGAAUGGCAUGAGGUUGAUCCUAGCAAAAUCUCAAAUAGACUGGUCAGUCUUGCUACCCAGGUGCUUCAACACCUGCAGUUGCCCUUGUACAAAGGCGAGCAACUAGAAGACGACGAAGACACUACAUCUAGUGUCCGGGAAAGCGACUGGAGCCUCCCGCUGAAUCUGCAACAAAUACAUUACGCAGCUGCUGACGCGUACGCCGGAUUCCGGCUUUACCACAUAUUGGAGCGGAAACGGACUCGGUUGACACCAACACCUCCGCCGGUAAUGCUUUGCGACUACGACAACAAGCCUGCCCCCCGUGCCAAAAAGCCACGUAAGAAAGCUGGAGCAACCGCCAAGGUCAAAGAAGCUAUUGACAGCGACUCGAACUUAUCAACCGAUCCUGCGGAAGAGGAACAAGAUAGCGAUGAAAACACCCAAGGCUAUGAAACGGCGCCAGAAGAACUUAUGGAUAGCCAUGAACUCGAAGAUCCUACACAUACAACAACUCACCCACUCAAAAAAGACAAAAACCUUGGAGCCAGGCAGGCAGAGAACACAGAGCUAGUUGAAGAUAGUAAUCUGGAGUCUGAAAAUGAAACUUCUUCCUCGUUCAGGCGUGUAGGACGGAUCAAUAUCUUGUCAUUGAACGGGGCUGAUGUGGGCUAUCCGGUAUUACCACAACUAUCGCAGGAGGACACUGAAGCGUCUCAGCCUAACGAAGUUUCAGCUGACACCGAUGAUGAAUAUGCGGAUGCAGAACUCGAAGAAGCGCUUGGACACAUGACGCUCGAUGAUGCCGGCAACUUGAGAGAGGACGUGGAGGUUGUCACUCCUGAGCAGACUGGCUCAUCAUAUGGCUUAGCGACUGAGUGGGCGCAGAAUUUUGCUCAAUCUACUAUUCCGCUGCCCGAAUCACCGGCUCCCCCUCGCAUCCACGCAACAGUUUCCCACCUCCGUGCCUAUCAUCUAUGGCAUCACCAGAGAAUGUCAGUGGAUGAGAUUGCGCCAUUGGUGCAGAACCCGCCACUCUCGCACAGCACCGUCAGUAACUACAUCCUGCAGGCAGUAACGCUGGAGAAACUUGAAUACGAACAGGACUUGCUUAAGAGGUUGAUACUGGAUAUGCCUUCAGGUAUGAGGAAGGGACGGUGGAAGGGGUUGGCGGAGAAGGUCGGGGCGUUGGGUUAG